ACUCUUAACCUCUUUCAAAGACCUCAGGUCCCAUUUCCACUGCUCUGGAUGCCCCCAGUUCCCUCUCCAGCCCAAUUAAGGGGUUCUAGUCCCUUCUUCCUUCCCUCAGAACUCUUGAGAGUGUGGAUAAAUACCUACUGCUUCCUGCCCCCUCUAGGAGCCCCCAGACAUCUCUCAUACAUACUGGCCACUCUGGAAUCAUCUCAGUCUCUCAAAACACUCCCUGAUCCUUCUUGGCAUCUGUAGGUACCCCUUUUCUGCUCCUCUCCACAUCCCCUAGCCCCUUCUUGGUCCCUUAAGACACCUCCCAGGUCCCUCCUAGACCCUUUAAAUGCCCCCCAAGUCCCUGCCCAUCUCUCUAGUUCCUCCUCCUGGUUGCUCUUGGCCUCUCUAGACACCCUCAGUUUCCUGGUAGGAGUGGCCCAGGGCCUCUCCAAGCCCCCCACCACCCUGGAGACAGCCACAUUCUCCUAAAGGCUAACCCCCCAAGUCUCUGUGGGCCUGGGGCGCGGCAGGAUGGCGGCAGGUGUGGCCACAUGGCUGCCUUUUGCGCGGGCAGCCGCUGUGGGCUGGCUGCCCCUGGCCCAGCAGCCCCUGCCUCCGGCGCCAGGGGUGAAGGCUUCCAGAGGGGAUGAGGUUCUGGUGGUGAACGUGAGCGGAAGGCGCUUUGAGACCUGGAAGAACACUCUGGAUCGCUACCCCGACACUCUGUUGGGCAGUUCAGAGAAGGAAUUUUUCUAUGACGCGGAUUCGGGUGAAUACUUCUUCGAUCGUGACCCGGACAUGUUCCGGCACGUGCUGAACUUCUACCGCACCGGCCGACUGCACUGCCCGCGGCAGGAGUGCAUCCAGGCCUUCGACGAAGAGCUGGCUUUCUACGGCCUGGUACCUGAGCUCAUCGGGGACUGCUGCCUCGAGGAGUACCGGGAUCGCAAGAAGGAGAACGCUGAGCGCCUGGCGGAGGAUGAGGAAGCCGAGCAGGCCGGGGACGGCCCAGCCCUGCCCGCGGGCAGCUCCCUGCGGCAGCGGCUCUGGCGGGCCUUCGAGAACCCGCACACCAGCACCGCGGCCCUCGUUUUCUACUACGUGACGGGCUUCUUCAUCGCUGUGUCAGUCAUCGCCAACGUGGUGGAGACCAUCCCGUGCCGUGGCCCUGCGCGGCAACUCCCUGGGGAGCAGCCCUGCGGAGAUCGCUUCCCACUGGCCUUUUUCUGCAUGGACACGGCCUGUGUGCUCAUAUUCACCGGCGAAUACCUCCUGCGGCUCUUUGCUGCCCCCAGCCGCUGCCGCUUUCUGCGGAGUGUCAUGAGCCUCAUUGACGUGGUGGCCAUCCUGCCUUACUACAUUGGGCUUUUCGUGCCCAAGAAAGAGGACGUCUCGGGCGCCUUUGUCACCCUGCGUGUGUUCCGGGUGUUUCGCAUCUUCAAGUUCUCCAGGCACUCCCAGGGCUUGAGGAUUCUGGGCUACACACUCAAGAGCUGUGCCUCUGAACUGGGCUUUCUCCUCUUUUCCCUUACCAUGGCCAUCAUCAUCUUCGCCACUGUCAUGUUUUAUGCAGAGAAGGGCACAAACAAGACCAACUUCACUAGCAUCCCCGCGGCCUUCUGGUAUACCAUAGUCACCAUGACCACACUUGGCUAUGGAGACAUGGUGCCCAGCACCAUUGCUGGCAAGAUUUUUGGAUCCAUCUGCUCACUCAGUGGUGUAUUGGUCAUUGCCCUGCCUGUGCCAGUCAUUGUGUCCAACUUUAGCCGCAUCUACCACCAGAACCAGCGUGCCGACAAGCGCCGAGCACAGCAGAAGGUGCGCUUGGCAAGGAUCCGGUUGGCAAAGAGUGGCACCACCAAUGCCUUCCUGCAGUACAAGCUGAAUGGGGGCCUUGAGGACAGUGGCAGUGGGGAAGAACAGGCACUGUGUAUCAGGAACCGUUCUGCUUUUGAGCAGCAACAUCACCACUUGCUACAUUGUCUAGAGAAGACAACGUGCCAUGAGUUCACAGACGAGCUAACCUUCAGCGAGGCCCUGGGCGCUGUCUCACUGGGUGGCCGCACCAGCCGCAGCACCUCUGUGUCCUCCCAGCCAGUGGGGCCUGGCAACCUGCUGUCCUCUUGCUGCCCCCGUAGAGCCAAGCGCCGUGCCAUCCGCCUUGCCAAUUCCACUGCCUCGGUCAGCCGUGGUAGCAUGCAGGAGCUGGACACAUUGGCAGGAUUGCGGAGGAGUCCUGCCCCUCAGAGCCGCUCAAGCCUCAAUGCCAAGCCCCAUGACAGCCUUGAACUGAACUGCGACAGCCGGGACUUCGUGGCUGCCAUCAUCAGUAUCCCUACCCCUCCUGCCAACACCCCCGAUGAGAGCCAGUCUUCCUCCCCUGGCGCCGGCGGGGCCAGCAGCACCCUCAGGAACUCCAGCCUGGGCACCCCUUGCCUCCUCCCUGAGACUGUCAAGAUCUCUUCUCUGUGAGGGGUGGGCCCCCCCCCAGAGGGCCCUCCCCAUUCUUGGGGAUUCCUUUCUGAAGCCAUAUUUUGGGGACGCAGAGAGGGGUAGGCCUGGGGACCCCUUUUGUCUCCCACUAAGAACUAUGCAAUGAAUUUCAUGGAAUGGCCCACCAGGUGGGGAAGUAGCAAUGGAAACUUCCCCCACCCCAGACAAUUUUCCUGGUGGGAGCUGAAGCAGCGGGCUUUCUUAGGCCUUUGGCCUCCUUGCCCCAGCACACUGGGACCAGCCUUCUCUCCUGACUGGCACUCCUGCAUGCUCCUCCCCUCGGGCCCUCGGGCACUCAACUGACAUCUGAGCUCUGGCCUGAGGAGAGGUGAGACAUCCUCUUUACUCUGGCUGGGCUGUAGAGGUUUGGGGUUCAGAGAAGAGAGCCCUCACCUCUGACCUGGCUUCUCGGGAAGGUCCUCACCCUCCACCAGGCCCAACAACUCCCAGAUUCUGAAGCUUGGAAUGUGAUGUGUGGCCUCAGAGAUGACCUGCCACCCCAGGCCUGGGCUGAGGGUUCAGGUUGCCUUUCCCAAAUGGACAGACAGCAGACACACUACCCUCCCCCUUCCCUGGCUGCUGGAAAUGGGUCCCUGCAACCCUGUCCUCCGCUCAGCCCCCAGAAAACUAGCAAUAGCAGUUGCUGCUGUGACAUUAUGCAAAGCCUCUGCCCACUUUGCUGCAGCAUUUACAUCUGCCCUAAUCAAACCGGCCACCUCUAACUACUCCUCCUUCUAACUUCUCUGGUUUGCUUCUUUCCUGGGUUGGGCUGGAGUCUGGACUCGCUGAGAUAAGACCCUGGAAGCCAGCAGGAGCUGGGCUGUGUUUGGAGAUCAUGGGCUGAUUCCACGUUCUUGGGCAGGAGUUCAGAAGUGUCAGGGGCUGAGGCCUUGGUUGUUCCUGGACUCUGGGAGUUGUAGGAGGCAGGAGGAAGUCCUCAGUCAUCUCCUCUUCCUUCCAAACUCCUUUUCACAUAUUCCUCUCUUCUCCCUCUUGGGUCACCUUCUAUAACCGUGUGUCUGCUCUCAGGCUGAAAUCUAGCAUCAUCUCAGGUUCCCUGUCCCCAGAACUGUCCUCUUGGAGCUGGUGGCCGACAAAGAUGUAGUUUCCAUCAGUCAAUAAAACCUGAGUGGAGA